CCACCCAUAACAGUGCUUUCAAAAGUCUACGAGUAUCCUAUACGAUGGUCGAUGUCAAACAGAGCGUACAGGCCGAGGUGAACCGCGUUAAGUACAUAUCGACAGACGCGGCACGUUCAGGGGCCUACCUAUAUCCGUUGAAGGGAAUACUUUACUUUUUUACGCACCGUGACCUUUGGAAACCCCUACUAUCGAAACUCCUCCCCACCCUUGCGCUCGCGAUUGGUGUCAUCAUUUUCAUGUUCACCUUCACCUACUUUCCGCAAGCAGCAAUACUCGCUAUAGUCAAUGGCCCGCUCGCCAUCUUGACCACGGUACUCCUCGUACUUAGCGAGAGCAGCACGAUCAUCAAUAUACUCAGCAAGACGUUCAUUCUCCAAGAUGCUCUCGUGGAUACUUUCGAUGGCACUCUUCUCUCUCAAAACGACACAAAACUUCUCUCUUCCGGCCGUCAAAUCAAGCCCGGCAGCGACGCCAUCUCAAAACUCGGAAAACUCAUAAAAUCGCCCAUCCAGCGUUUCUCUCCCGAUCGCCUCAUCACAUACCUUCUCUAUCUCCCCCUAAACUUCAUCCCUGUAGUCGGCACCGUCAUCUUCAUUUUACUUCAAGGGAAGAAGGCCGGCCCGGCCUCCCAUGCACGGUACUUCCAACUCAAAGGGUUCUCAAAAACGCAAAAGGAGGAGUUCGUCGCAGAGAAGACAGGCCCGUACACGGCGUUCGGGACGGCGGCAACAUUGUUGGAGUUGGUUCCUGUUGUGGGGAUCGCGUUUACAUUUACGAACACGGUGGGAGCAGCGUUGUGGGCGGCGGAUUUGGAGAGAGGAGUCCAGGAUCCGAGGGCUGAGGGGAGUGCCGGUGGCAGUCAGAGUGAGAUUUCUACUGGGUUGAGGGAGAGGGUCAGGAAGGCUGAUGGAGAGUACUAG